UUCCGUGACGUUCACCGGAAACAGAGACUGAAACACAAACCAACAAGCAGCAGAGCCCGGAGCCCGGAGGAGGACGUGGAUCAGACCAGAGAGGCAGGAGUUGAUGGAAACAUAAGCUGGACCAGGUGCAGGUACCGACCCCCCUAGACGACCCUAGUCCAGCCAGGUCCUCCUGCAGCACCGGUACCAACCCCCCCUCACACCGAGCAGGUAAACUCAGUUGCUGGCAGACAUCGCUAUGGCCCAGGAGACCAAUCAAAGCCCAAUUCCCAUGCUCUGUGCAACAGGCUGUGGUUUCUAUGGCAACCCCAGGACUAAUGGCAUGUGUUCUGUGUGCCAUAAGGAGCACAUAUCAAGACAGAACAAUGGAGGACUUAGUUCUUUGGGUGCCGUAGGCACCAGCAGUAGCUCCACAGCUGAAGUUUCUGCCAUGCAGAGGUUGGAGGCCACUUUGAAUAAUGCUGCUGCAGCUGCAGCUGCUGCUGCAGAGGCGGCAGCUGAAGCGGCAGCUGAAGCUGCUUCUUCUGAUGCUUCCAUUACAGAUACUCUCAGUGGGAUCUCUGUAACACAACAAAUGACUGAAAUGAGUCUCUCAUCUGAGGAGAAAGGAGCAUCAGGAAGUAAAGUAAACGUCACAGAGCCAGUAAGUCAGCCUGUUUCCUUGUUAGUCCAUCCCUCCACUGCUGGCAGUGAAGAAGUCAAGCUCCCAGAGCCCUCAAAACCCAAGAAGAACCGUUGCUUUAUGUGUCGCAAAAAGGUUGGCCUGACAGGUUUUGGCUGUCGCUGUGGGAAUCUGUUCUGUGGAAUACACCGUUACUCUGAUAAGCACAACUGUCCGUACGACUACAAAUCUGAAGCUGCUGCCAAGAUUCGCAAAGAGAACCCCAUGAUAGUUGCUGAUAAGAUCCAGAGAAUAUGAUUCUGUUAGACUAUGAAUAUCCAGAGCAAUCAGCUUUUCAAAAUGGACCUGAGCCCAGCCUGCCGUCUUUUUGUUUAGUUUCUUUUCUUUACCCCUUGUCACACAUUUGGGAAUUAUCCUUCCAGUUAAUUACAGUAAUCCCUCGUUUUUCUCAAAGGUCACGUUCUAAAAAGAACCUGUGAUUGGUGAAAUCCAUGGGAUAACUAAUAUUAAUUAUUUCAGUGUACGCAUUUGUUUUUUUUGUGUGAAUCUAAAACUUUUGAAGCAUUGUUGUGAACAAAGAAAUACUGUGUAUGUGGAUGGAGUGGAGUGCUUCUAUGUCAUGUGGCUUGACUAAAGGAGGUUGCUGCAGAACACAUCAUUGUCCUAAUAAUGUUGUUAGUGGCCGCCCAGUCUGUGUGAGUUUUUUUUUUUUUUUUCUUCCCCCUCCUCCCCUGAAAUUGCUUGAAUAACUUGACGCUUCAACCCCGUUUGGAUUCUGACUGUUCCUGCUGUUGGCUCACGUUGAGAUCUCAGCUGUGCUUGCUCUCUGCUGGCUUGAGUAGCAAAGUGGAUACUUCUUUCAUCUUCCUUUUUAAAGGUCAGAGUUUAACCAUCCUGCCUUGUUACUUUGUAGUUCUAAAAUGCUUGUCUGUGCCGCUGGGAUUCUGAUCACCGUCAACCAUCAACUCAGACACAUCUUAAGACUUUAAUGGCCUUUGCUCUUUGGGCCAUAUUCUUUUCCCCUACUGGAGUGUGUACUGCACUUGAAAAACAGUAGAUGGGGAGAAAAAAAAAAUAUAUAUAUUUUUUUCCUGCCAUUGGACAUGAGUUGAUGCUGUGACCCUCUCAUUGCAACUGUUUGGAUGUUUUUGUUUUGUUUUGUUUUUUGAAUAACCGUCCUCUGAAGUCUCACGAAGAUACCGAUCCCUGACUUUUGGAUUCUGUAAUGUUUUGUUGGGGUUUGAAAAAAAACAAACUUAUUUAAACCUUCAUUAUACUUUUCAGAACAAUGCUGACUUCUGUUGGAUGUUUAAUGACAUGUAGCUUUAGGAACUGGUUUGUUGUCACUAACAUUUUCCUGUUUCACUUCACUAUUGAAUUUUUGUUUUUGUUUUUUAACGUAAUAAUCAGUUUUUGGGGUGCCCAACUGUUUGGGGAGAAUAGCUGGUGGAGGAAUAUUCUUUGAGCCUACCUGCUUGUGUGGUGCAGUAACUUAGUGUGAACUGUGUUGGUAGGUUUUCUAGUUUUCUUUCUUUUCAAUGCCUUUUUUUUUUUUUUUCUCCGUAACAGCCCGUUUAGUUAUGCAAGUUUGUACAAACUUUUAUUUAUAUACUGCAGUGUGUGUGUGUGUGUGUGUGUGUGUGUGUAAUCUGAUGAUUAACUGUAAAUAAAUUAUGGUCAAAAA